ACUUUUCACUCGCCGAGUUGGUUGUCUCGUCAGCGCACACGUUUUCAGCAUUUUCGCUGCCGAAACAAAUAUUUUUGCGGUGAAAUUGUUUGGAAAAGUUGGGCAAAUUUUCCUGGUUGAACCCUCCGCGUGACACUUGUUCGUCGAAAACCUUGCCCGCGAUGGCGACCAAGCUAGUGUCCAGCUACAACGAGCCGGCGAUCGGUGGAUUGAUUGUGGCCGAAGUGAUCAAGUCGACGAAUCCGAUCGAGAUCAGCUGGGGCCAGGAGACGUCGAUCACGUUCUCGAACCGGACGCUGAUUUGUGUGACGAACAAUGACGUGCUGCGUGCGCUUGCGAGGGACGCUCCGAAGUAUCAGCUGUACGGGAAGACCCCGAUUGAGCGGACCCAGAUUGACCACUGGUUGACGUACACGCUGUCGAUGGAGAAGGAUCCGGCGGACGAGCUGAUGUAUUUGAACAAGUGCUUGGCCCCGCUGACGUUCCUGGUGGCGAAUCACUUGACGAUUGCGGAUCUGGCCGUUUUCAACGAGCUGUUUAGCUGCUAUGAAGAGUUGAAGGCGGUGGGAAUUCCGGUGCACGUUCAGCGUUUCUACGAUCUUAUUUCGGCGCAGCCGGCGGUGAAGAAUGUGCUCCAGGGAAUUCCGAAGGAAGCGAAGCUGGGAAAAAGGGGCACGACGACCCGUGGGGCAAGUGCGGAGAAGACUACCGAGCGAAAGCAGGAAGGAAAGUUUGUGGAUCUUCCGGGGGCUGAGAUGGGAAAGGUUGUGGUGCGGUUUCCGCCGGAGGCGUCCGGUUAUUUGCACAUUGGCCACGCGAAGGCUGCUCUGUUAAAUCAGUACUACCAGCAAGCGUUCCAGGGCAAGCUGAUUAUGCGAUUCGACGAUACAAAUCCAGCCAAGGAGAACGUUCACUUUGAGAAGGUGAUUCUGGAGGAUUUGGAAUUGCUGCAGAUCAAGCCGGACCUGUUUACGCAUACUUCGCAGUACUUUGACCUGAUGCUGGACUAUUGCGAACGGUUGAUGAAGGAAGGAAAGGCGUACGUUGACGACACCGAACCCGAGCAGAUGAAGAAGGAACGCGACGAGCGUACUGAGUCGAAGAACCGAAGCAACAGCGUGGAGAAGAAUUUGCAGAUGUGGCGGGAAAUGGUCAAGGGUUCGGCGGCUGGGCAAAAGUGUUGCGUCCGCGCCAAGAUCGAUAUGGCUUCGCCAAACGGUUGCAUGCGAGAUCCGACGAUCUAUCGGUGCAAAAAUGAACCGCAUCCUCGUACGGGAACGCAGUACAAAGUUUACCCGACGUACGACUUUGCCUGUCCGAUUGUUGACGCGAUUGAGGACGUAACGCACACUCUGCGAACGAUGGAAUAUCACGAUCGCGACGAUCAGUUCUAUUGGUUCAUCGAGGCGCUCGGACUGCGCCGUCCCUACAUCUGGGAGUACAGUCGGUUGAACAUGACCAACACCGUACUGUCGAAGCGCAAGCUGACCUGGUUCGUCGAGGAAGGCCUGGUGGACGGGUGGGAUGACCCACGCUUCCCCACGGUGCGUGGCAUCCUCCGGCGGGGUAUGACCGUCGAGGGUUUGAAGGAAUUCAUCAUCGCGCAAGGAUCCAGCAAGUCGGUCGUGUUCAUGGAAUGGGACAAAAUCUGGGCGUUCAACAAAAAGGUGAUUGAUCCGAUCGCGCCACGCUACACUGCGCUGGAGAUUGAAAACCGUGUCGUGGUGAAUGUUGCGGGCGCCAAGCUCGAAGCUGUCCAAGUUCCUGUCCAUCCCAAGAACGCUGACAUUGGUACGAAAACGGUCUGGCUUGGUCCGCGUGUGCUGAUUGAUCAAGCCGACGCUGUUGAGCUGAAGGAGGGAGAAAAUGCCACCUUCAUCAACUGGGGCAACAUCAUGAUCAACAAAAUCCACAAAGAUGCCACUGGGAAGGUCACCUCCAUCGACGCAAGCUUGAACCUGGACAACAAGGACUUCAAAAAGACGAUGAAGCUCACGUGGCUAUGCGAGCAAGACCCCGCUGAAUAUCCGCCGACGUUCUGCGUCUACUUUGAGCACAUCAUCGGCAAGGCCGUGCUCGGCAAGGAAGAAGACUUCAAAACCUACAUCGGCCAUCAAACCAGGUCCGAGGCGCAAAUGCUGGGCGAUCCCGAGCUGAAAAAGCUCAAAAAGGGUGACAUCAUCCAGCUGCAGCGGCGCGGCUUCUUCAAGGUGGACCAAGCGUACGCGCGGGCCAGCGAGUUCUCCGCCGUGGAAACGCCCGUCGUGCUGUUCUCCAUUCCGGACGGGCACGCCAAGGAGCAGCCCACGGCUGGGGCCCCGAAAAAGAAUGCCGCCGAAUCGUCCAAGAAAUCUGCCAAGGCACCUGCUAAAUCUGCCGAACCUGCGGCUAAGCCAGCGACAGGCGCAACGAAUCAGCUAAACGACUCGAUCGUGCAACAGGGUGACUUGGUGAGGAAGCUCAAGACAGAGAAGGCAGCCAAGCCCGACAUUGACGCUGCUGUGAAGCAGCUUCUAGCGCUCAAGACUCAAUUCAAGGAGGCAACCGGACAGGACUGGAAGCCUGGCGUAGCGAUCGCGGCACCGAGUAGCACGACAACAAGUGCUGAUUCCGGCGAAGCCAUCAACGCGAAGAUCGUCGAGCAGGGCAACACGGUGCGCGACUUGAAGACGAAGAAGGCGGCCAAGCCGGACGUUGACGCUGCGGUGAAGCUUCUGCUUGACUUGAAGGCCCAGUACAAGGCGGCUACCGGAAAGGACUGGAAACCGGAAGCAGCAGCUGCUGCUGCACCAGCUGUGGUGAAGAAGGAGGUUGCUCCAAGCGGUGGUGCCGAUAUUAAUGCAAAGAUCCUCGAGCAGGGCAAUACGGUGCGUGAUUUGAAGACGAAAAAAGCGGCCAAGCCGGAAGUAGAAGCUGCGGUUAAGAUUUUGCUUGACUUGAAGGCACAUUACAAAGCGGCUACCGGGAAGGAUUGGAAACCGGAGGCUGCUCCUGCACCAGCUGUUGUGAAGAAGGAAGCUGCACCAAGCGCUGGUGCUGGUGCCGAAAUCAACGAGAAGAUCGCGAAGCAGGGAGACGCGGUGCGUGAUUUGAAGAGCAAAAAGGCAGCGAAGGCGGAUAUUGACGCCGCGGUUAAAGUUCUGUUGGAUUUGAAGGCACAAUACAAGGCGGCGACGGGUCAGGACUGGAAACCAGCUGCAACGCAAGCUGCCCCGGCUCCCAAGGCUCCGGCAUCCGGCGAUAAGGAAGCGGAAAUUCUCAACCAGAUCGCCACUCAGGGAGAUAAAAUCCGAACGCUCAAGUCCAGCAAAGCGGACAAGGCCGCAGUUGAGACUGAGGUUAAGGUGCUGCUGCAGUUGAAGGCCGACUACAAGUCGUUGACCGGCAAGGACUGGAAGCCGGGUACCGUCGCCACACCAGCGGCUCAGCCUGUCAAGCAAGACAAGGAAAACAUGGCUCCAACCAACAAUGUUCCAGCAGCUGCUACCGGCUCGGAAAAGGACGUUCUCACUGCCAAGGUGAACGCACAGGGUGAAACCGUGAGGAACUUGAAGUCUUCGGGUGCCUCGAAGGAUCAGGUCGACGCGGCGGUGAAGCUUCUGCUGGACUUGAAGGCAGAGUACAAGAAGGUGACCGGAACGGACUUCCCCGUUGCCGGACGUGCUCCGAAGGCGGCUGCUCCGAAGAAGGAGAACAAAAAGGAGGAAAAGCCCCAAAAGAGCAAACCGGAACCGGCAAAGCAAAAGGACGAUGGCAGCGGCCCGAAGAAGCAAACCCGGCUGGGACUUGAAGCGACCAAGGAGGAUUGUCUGCCCGAGUGGUACUCCCAGGUCAUCACCAAGGGUGAAAUGAUCGAGUACUACGACGUGUCCGGGUGCUACAUCCUGCGCCACUGGUCGUUUGCCGUGUGGAAGGCCAUCAAGGCGUGG